AUGGCUGGUCAGAAUUCAGCUGUUUUUUCUUCGCUCACCGGCGCUCUCGAUCUCAAGUCUGCCGGAGUCUUCUUGCUGAUUUUCCUGGUGGUCUUGUGGCUGCUCCGAGGCCGACAGAAGAACCUUCCGCCGGGGCCGUGGCGAUGGCCCCUGCUGGGGAACAUUCCAGCCCUGGCCCGGUCCAAAAAGCUCAUUCACGAGUUGUUUAUGGAUUGGGGCCGGCAGUACGGCGGCGUCAUGUCGGUCGGGAUGUCGCCCUUUAGGUCUCCUAUCAUCGUCAUCAGCGACAUCGAUGCAGCUAAGGAGUUGCUGCUGAGUAAAGGAGAACGGCUCCUGGACAGAGCCCCUGUGCCGUCAGCAUCAACACUCACGGGUACAAAAGGAAGUUUUCUGUUUGCCGACGGCGAGUCUGCCAAAGAGCAGCGACACUUCGGCCUCGGUGCCUUUCGAAAACUCGGAGUCGGCAAGAAGAGCCUGGAGCACAAGAUCAACGAGGAGGCUCGAUACCUGGUGGAGAGAAUCGAAGCUAAAGAGCAUCGAUCCUUCGAUCCCAACCUCAUUAUCCACAACGCGGUGUCCAACAUCAUCUGCACCGUCUGUUUCGGGUACCGUUUCGAUUACGACGACCCGAAUUUCAAGAAGUUGGUGCGCAGUUUGCAGUAUAUCUUACACACUACCGGUUUUGGAUCGCUGGCAAAUAUGUUUCCCCUGCUCAUCCUAACCCCUCUCUACUCCAAAGUUCAUGGAUGUCUGAGAUACAUAAGAGAACGGAUCAACGGAAUUGUUCAGGAGCACCGGGAUUCUUAUGAUCCUAACGAUUUCCGGGACUUCAUCGAUCUGUACAUCGGGGAAAUCAAAGAGCGAGAGCGCAGCGGCGCCUCGGCGAGUACCAAGGACGCGACUUUCGCCUUUCAGCACAUCUGGCACUCGGUCUUUGACAUGUUCGGUGCGGGGACAGACACAACCUCAAACACGAUCCUGUGGCUGGUAGCUGCCGUGCUGAACCACCCCGAAGUGCAAGAAAAGAUCCAGAGAGAGAUCAGUGAGGUGGUUGGAGGUGACUGGCAGCCAUCUUGUGAGGACCGUCCCAGCAUGCCCUACACCAACGCGGUCCUGAACGAGAUACAGCGCUUCCGGCCCGUUGCGGCCUCUGCGCUACCCUACAAGGCGACUCAAGAAAUACAGUUGAGAGGCUACACCAUCCCGAAAGGGAACGAUGUGUUUUUUGCUCUGUGGACGAUGAUGAACGACCCCAGGGUUUGGGAUCGUCCAGAGGAGUUCAACCCUGACCGCUUUCUGAGCAAAGAUGGCACCAAACUCAUCCAACAUGAGGGAUUCAUACCCUUCUCAAUAGGUCGACGGAGUUGUCUUGGCGAGGGGCUGGCCAGGAUGGAGAUGUUCCUGUUCGUCACCAACCUGUUCCAGAGGUUCACUUUCAAGCUGCCGUUGGGGGCGCCCAAACCGUCCAUGAGGGGUGUUCCCAGCUUUACCUACGUACCAGAGCCGUUCGAUGUGUGCGCGGUUAAACGCUAAAUACUGAAAAGGGAUGACAUUUUGUUCAAGAUGGAGUGUACUGGAAUUUUCGACUGCACAGAGUUGAUCCUGAUUUUACUUGUUGGUGGUCCCAGAGAGCCCACCUAAUGUCCUCAUUGCACCCAUUGCACUGCCUCACUGUCACCUGUGAGCCGGGCAGUGCUAUUGUAUAGGAUUACCCGUAACGACAAUGAAUGGGCCCAAUCUGGCAAAUUAAGUUAAAAAGAAGAUUUUUUUUCUUUUCUUUUGCCAGGAAGAGAUGCAUGGAGAGACACCAGUGAAUGGACAUUCUGAAUGAUAAAAUGAUUUUUUUUAGCGUUUUGGGAGCGGUUUUACUGGGCUUGCCUUUAGACUUUGUUUACAAACCCACUUUUGUUGUAAUCCUUUAGUACGGUUUGCUCCCGCACUAGAAUUUUUUGGUAUUUAAUGAAUGUUUGUUAUGGUGGCUACGCGCGGGUAAAUACCCUAUAUAAGCACUGACUGGUUUUUAUUCGCUCCGAGUUGGUGCCCAUGUACAACCAUU